AUGAAUCAAAAUGAUUAUAACCGACUUUGGGAUAUAUUAUGGUCUGUAAUUGUAUUUAUUAUACUUGUCACUAAAAAAAUAAGCUGCAUUAGCCAAGAAAUGCAGUUUACGCCUUCAGUACUGCGCAAUCCCCAAUUUUUUUCAUAUAAGAAUCGAUACAAUUCCCUAUUUCCUGUUUUUCCCCCUCUUCCUCCUGGUUUCCUUUCGGUGGUCCUUGGUUUCCGACACGUGUCCAGUGUCCAGUUCCGUUUUGCUUUUAAGCACAAGUACUUCUUAAACCCUACGCAGUUAUCUGCUAGUGUCCAGUGUCCCGUCCCGUCUUGCUUUUUAGCACAAGUACUUUUCAAGCCUUCCGCUGCUGUUUACUAG